AUGGCCGAAGCAUGCACCCAUCCACUGUUAAAAAUCACCUCGAGGAAGAUGAUUAAACUCUCAUCUCCAACUCCUCGUCACCAAAGAAAUCUCCAGCUCUCUUUUCUGGACCAAAUGCUGCUUCCUAUCUCCUCAUCACCAAAGAAAUCUCCAGCUCUCUUUUCUGGACCAACUGCUGCUUCUUACCUUAUACAGAGCUUGCAAGCAUCUCUCUCCAAAGCUUUGGUUCUCUUCUAUCCACUCGCUGGCCGACUGAAAACCGCUGCCUUCGUUGACUGCAACGACGAAGGAGCUCAUUUUCUUGAGGCCCGAGUUAACUGCCAGCGCUCGGAUUUACUUAAAGUUCCUGAGCAUAAGUUGCUUAACAACCUUAUCCCCGAGUUUGAGCCUAAAACAGUUCAGUUAGCGUUGGGUUCAGUUGUUUUAAUUGUUCAAGUGAGUCUUUUCAACUGUGGAGGAAUAGCUGUUGCUGCGUCCCCAAUACACAAGAUCGGAGAUGCCGGCGCAUAUUACAAAUUUACACAAACAUGGGCAGCCAUACAUCGUGGUGAAUCCGAUCAACUAGUGAUACCGGAGUUUAAUGGAGCAUCUGUGCUGCCUCCCAGAGAAUUGUCACCCCCAAACAACUUGGGAUUAAUCCCAAAUCAAAAGUUGACAACAAGGAGGUUCGUGUUUGGUGUCACAAAGAUUGAAAGUCUCAAGACCAAAAUUGGAGGCACACAUGUAGAACUUGUUUCGGCAAUUAUCCUCAGAAGUGCUCUUGCUGCUUCUCAUAAAUCGAAGCCUGAGACUACUUCAAGCACAAAUGUGUUGUCCCAAAUUGUAAGUUUCCGCAACAGAAUAGUCCCCGCGGUACCACCAAAUGUCGUGGGUAAUUGGUUUUGGUCGGUUCAAGUGGCAUUCAAACUAAACGAGACAGAACUACAGAAGUUGGUUGCUAAAAUGAGGAAAGGAGUAACAGGGAGAAGGCGGACAGAUUCAAAGGCGAAGAUGGAUUCCGGGUGGUGUCCGAGUCACUUAGAGAGAGGGGUGAGUUCUUUAAGAGCACAAAGCCAAAGCAACCACAAGAACCUAUUUCUCCUGAUCGACACAAAACAUGGAGAUGGCAUCGAAGUGUGGGUGACACUGGAUGAAGAAGAAAUGGCUAUAUUUGAGAGUGAAGAGGAGCUCCUUUCAUUUGCUUGUGCAAACCCUAGUGCAAUUGUUAAUCAUCAAUCUCACUCUCGUAUGUGA